AUGAAGAUGCGCCGUCGCGGAAACACCAAAGCUGAUGUGCUUCUACCUGCUCUACUCCAGCUACCACCAGCUCCAGCACAACCGGUCCAACAAACACAAUCAGCCCUCCACAGCAUCCAAAACAACCAACAGAACGAUUUAUAUGCUAUGAUGUACCAUCUUGAUAUACCCGAAUCUCAGGAGAAUAGUCCUCAAGGCCCUAUUGGAUGGCUUGAAAUGAGAAAAGGAUGGACUGGAAGAUGA